UCUCGCCGCUCUCUUCCCUCUCCCUCCUCGUCUCCCGGUAGCUGUGAAGGUCUGUCCGUCCGCAAGUCUGCACUCGGUGCCUGCUGCCCCUAUGCUCAGCGCCCUGCGCUGCCCGCCCCAGCCAUGUCUGUCGCGCAGCUGUACACCAAGAACGCUAGGGUCUGGAUUCCUGACCCUGAUGAAGUUUGGAAAUCAGCAGUAAUUGCUGAGGAUUACAAAGAAGGAGAUAAAAGCCUCCGUCUGAUACUUGAAGAUGAAACUCUCUACGAAUAUGCUAUUGACUGCCAUGAAAAUGAGCUGCCUUUCCUGCGCAAUCCAGAUGUCUUGGUGGGAGAGAGUGACCUAACAGCCCUGAGCUACCUGCACGAGGCCGCUGUCCUCAACAACCUCAAAGUCAGAUUUCUGGAGUCCAACAGCAUCUACACGUACUGUGGUAUUGUACUUCUUGCCAUCAAUCCAUAUGAGUGGCUACCAAUCUACGAACAAGAUGUCAUCUACACCUACAGUGGCCAAAACAUGGGCGAUAUGGAUCCUCACAUCUUUGCAGUGGCAGAGGAAGCCUAUAAGCAGAUGACCAGGGAUGAGAAGAACCAGUCCAUUAUUGUGAGUGGGGAAUCAGGUGCUGGAAAGACGGUCUCUGCUAAAUAUGUCAUGCGCUUCCUUGCAACUGUCAGUGGUUCUUCCAGUGGGAUCAACAUCGAAGGCAAAGUCCUUGCAUUGAGCCCAAUUAUGGAGGCAAUUGGAAAUGCUAAAACAACAAGGAAUGACAACAGCAGUCGUUUCGGGAAGUACAUUAAGGUUGGCUUUGAUAAAGAAUGCCACAUCGUUGGUGCCAACAUGAGCACGUAUCUGUUGGAAAAAUCACGAGUUGUAUUCCAGGCAGAGGACGAGCGCAACUACCACAUCUUCUAUCAGCUUUGUGCCUCGGCGAGUCUUCCAGAGUUCAAAGAAUUUAGACUAACACGUGCUGAAGAUUUUUUCUACACUGCUAAUGGAGGUGUCACAUCUGUUAAUGGUGUGGAUGAUGCUGCUGACUUCGAGAAAACAAGACAGGCCUUCAACCUGCUCGGAGUGAAGAUGCUUCAUCAGAUGACCAUUUUUAGGGUAAUUGCUGCCAUUCUGCACCUAGGGAACUUGAAAAUCCAUGCGGAACAUGGUGGUGAUUCCUGCAGCAUAUUGAGCGAUGAUGAGCACUUGAAGAACUUCUGUGACUUGCUGGGUGUGGAGCACAGCCAGAUGCAGCACUGGCUUUGCCAUUGCAAGUUUGUCACCAGCACCGAGACCUACGUGAAGAGCUUGAGCGUGCUGCAAGCGGUGAACGCCAAGAACGCCAUAGCCAAGUACAUCUAUGCCCAGCUCUUCAGCUGGCUUGUGCAUCACAUCAACAAGACCCUGCACACCAGUGUCAAGCCGAACUCCUUCAUCGGCGUGCUCGAUAUCUAUGGGUUUGAAACUUCUGAAGUGAAUAGCUUUGAACAGUUUUGUAUCAACUAUGCCAAUGAAAAGCUUCAGCAGCAUUUCAACUUGCACGUGUUUAAGCUGGAACAAGAAGAGUACAUGAACGAGAGAAUCUCUUGGACUCUGAUAGAAUUCCAUGAUAACCAGCCCUGCAUAGACCUUAUAGAGGCAAGACUUGGUAUCUUUGACCUGCUGGAUGAAGAGUGCAAGCUUCCCAACGGCACUGACUGGAACUGGAUGCAGAAAUUGUGCGAGUGGCAUGGAAAAAACCAGCUAUUCCAGAAGCCCCGCAUGUCCAAGGCCUCCUUCAUCAUCCUGCACUUCACCGACAAGGUGGAAUAUGAGAGCAAUGGAUUUCUGGAGAAGAACAGGGACACCAUGUACGAGGAACAUAUCAACAUCCUGAAAGCCAGCAAGUAUGAAAUGAUAUCGGACUUAUUCCAAGAUGAGAAUGAUGCUGCACCCACCACUUCUGCAAGAAAGAAAGCACUCAAAGGCAGAAGAAGUUUUGACAGAUUAGUAGCCAAAGCUGACAGUAAUAAGAACAAGAAGACAGUGGGUUACCAGUUCCGCAAUUCACUGAAAUUGCUCAUGGAGACUCUGAACACCACCACCCCGCACUACGUGCGCUGCAUCAAGCCGAACAACGAGAAGCUCCCCUUUAAAUUUGAUUCGAAGAGAGUGGUACAGCAGCUGAGAGCUUGUGGAGUGCUGGAGACCAUCCGCAUCAAUGCUACUGGCUUCCCAUCCAGAUGGUCCUACCACAACUUUUUCAAUAGAUAUAGAGCUCUUAUGAACAAGAGGGACCUCUCUAUGGGAGACAAGAAGCAUAUCUGUCAGACCUUUUUGGAAGACCUCAUUAAGGAUCCAGACAAGUUCCAGUUUGGAGAGACCAAGAUCUUUUUCCGUGCAGGCCAGGUGGCAUAUCUGGAGAAACUGCGAGCAGAUAAGUUUAGAGCUUGCACAAUCAUGAUUCAGAAGACAGUGCGGGGCUGGCUACAAAGGGUCAAGUACAAAAGGCUGAGAAAAUCUGUAAUCGCCAUCCAGUGCCACAUGCGUGGGUACCUGGUACGAAGUUAUGUCGAGCAACUGAGGAGGACAAGAGCUGCCAUCAUCUUCCAGAAGCAGUACCGAAUGGUGCGGGCCAUCCGAGCUUUCCAGAGGAUUUACAAGGCAACCAUCACCAUUCAGGCUUUUACUCGGGGCAUGAUUGCCAGAAGGGCUUAUCACAAGAUGAUCACAGAGCACAAAGUCAUCAUCCUCCAGAAGUACGUCCGUGGCUGGCUGGCCCGCACUCAUUUCUGCCGGAUUAGACAUGCCACCAUCGUCCUGCAGUGCUGCUACCGGCGCAUGAAGGCCAGAAGGGAGCUGGAGGCACUGAAGAUCGAGGCCUGCUCAGUAGACCACCUGAAGAAGCUCAACAUUGGCAUGGAGAACAAGGUGGUCCAGCUUCAGAGGAAGAUUGUUGAGCAGAACAACGAAAACAAAUUGCUGAGCAAUCAGGUGUCUAUGCUCACAGCUGCGCACUUGUCUGAGGUGGAAAAGCUGAAGAGUGAACUGUUGCAGUAUCAGCAGAGCCACGUGAAUUACGGGAGUCAGGUUAUCAGCUUGCAAGGAGAGGUGGAGCACCUCCGGCUGGAGCUUGAAAAAGCUUACGGUGAGAGGAAGGUCGUGGAAGACAGCUACAUUAUGGAGAAAGACUUCCUAAGGAAGUGCAUAUCUGACUUGGAAGAAGAAAAUGCUUUCCUGAAGCAGGAAACAGAGGAGCUUAGGUCCGCACUGCAGCAACAUAAAGAUCAACUUUCACAAAGCAUACAUGAGCAAACUGCGACAAUGAAGAAAGAACUGGAAGAAGAGAGGGCUCGUUAUCAGAGCCUGGUAGAAGAGUAUUCAAUGCUGGAGCAGAGAUAUGACAGAUUGCAUGAUGAAAUUAUUGUGAUAAAGCAAUCACCAGUGCACAGAAGCCCAUCCAACCAGAGCAGUUUGGAGUCUGAUUCCAAUUACCCAUCCACUUCAACCUCUGAGACAGAAGACACUGAAGAUGUAAUGCAGCAAGUGGAGGAGAUUGAGGUGGAGAAAGCAGUCAUGGACAUGACCAUCUUCCUAAAGCUACAGAAGCGAGUGAGGGAGCUCGAGCAGGAGAGGAGGAUGCUGCAAAUCCAGCUGGAGAGAAAGGAGCAAGAAAGCCAGAAUGCCCAGAAGCAGGAGCUGGAGAGUGAGAUGAUGAAAAAUGAACUUAGUGAGUCGAGGAAGACCAUUGUAGAACAAGAAACCGAGAAUAACUCGUCCAGUGAUGUUCAGGAAGGUUAUAACCUCUUGCUGAAACAGCUGAAAUCAGCCAGAGAGGAGUUGGAAGUGCGGAAGAAAGAGGUGCUCAUCCUGAGGGCACAGAUUACAAAGUCAGCCCAGGAAGAGGAGGCAGACACAAGCACGGAGAGCUUUGUCACCACUAGCAGCUGUCAGAGUGGUGAAUUUUCUUCUGAUCAAGGGUAUGUGAUGGAAGACUACGAUGAACUGAGCAGAAUGAGCAACAAGACUGAGGAUUGGGGGUAUCUCAAUGAAGAUGGAGAGCUCGGCUUGGCUUACCAAGGUUUAAAGCAAGUUGCCAGGUUGCUGGAGUCACAGCUCCAGUGUCAGAAACAAGAACAUGUGGAGGAGGUAGAAGCUCUGAAAAAACAGAUUCGUAAAUUGAAAGAAGAGCUGGAGAGACAGCAGAUGUCUUCAGAGACCUUCAUGGAUUUUGGACUUCAGAAAGAAAUUACACGUCUUACCAAUGAAAAUCUGGAUCUUAAAGAAUUGCUAGAGAAGAUGGAAAGUAAUGAAAAGAUGCUGAAGAAGUGGCUGAAGGUUUACAUGAAGCGUGCCCAUGGAGUUGAAGCAUCCCUAGACACGGUACCAGAAGAGGGGAGGCAGCAUGAGCGUUACAGGCAAGUUGCUGUUCAGAGGAAGGAGAAAACUUUUCAGGGCAUGUUGGAAUAUCGUAGAGAAGACGAGCCACUCCUCAUCCAAAACCUCCUUAUAGAUCUCAAGCCUGAGGCAGUGUCUGCUGCUGUUCCCUGCCUUCCUGCCUACAUCCUCUACAUGUGUGUCAGGCACACAGAUUACAUCUGUGAUGAUCAGAAAGCGCACUCCUUGCUCACCUCCUUCAUCAACGGCAUUAAGACUGUGCUGAAGACACACAGUGGCAGUUUUUGGAUUACAUCAUUUUGGCUGGCAAAUACAUGUCGUUUCCAGCACUGCUUAAAGCAGUACAGUGGAGAAACGAAUUUCGUGACACAAAACACACCUAAGCAGAAUGAGCACUGUCUGAGGAACUUUGACCUGACCGAGUACCGCGAGGUGCUGGACCACCUCUGUGUCCAGAUCUACCAGCAGCUCAUCAAGAUAACAAGGCACAUGCUCCAACCCAUCAUCGUGCCUGCAUUGUUGGAAAAUUACAGUAUCCAGGGAUUUUCUGGUGGGAAGCUGAUGGGCUACAGGAAGUGUUCCUCCAACACGUCACGUUGUAACAGCUCCUACAACUUAGACAAACUCAUUGACCAGCUGACCAGGUUCCACCGCAUGAUGUGUGACCACGGUACAGACCCAGAGAUUGUGGAGCAGAUCUUCAGGCAGUUAUUCUACAUCAUCACUGUGGUUGCCCUGAACAACCUCCUGCUGAGGAGGGAUAUCUGCUCGUGGAACAUGGGCAUGCAGCUAAGGUUCAACAUAAGCCAGCUGGAGGAAUGGCUGCACGCAAAGAAUCUGCAGCAGUGUGGAGCAAUACAGACUUUGGAUCCCUUAAUUCAGGCAGCACAGCUUCUGCAGCUGAAAAAGAAAACCUCGAAAGAUGCUGAGGCCAUCUGCUCCUUGUGCACAUCACUCACGACCCAGCAGAUUAUAAAGAUACUUAAUCUCUACAGUCCUGUGAAUGAGUUCGAAGAACGUGUGACGGUAACUUUCAUACGAGAAAUACAGAUGCAAUUGAAAGAGCGAAAUGACCCUCCACAGCUGCUGUUCGACGUGAAGUAUAUGUUUCCAGUUUUGUUCCCAUUCAACCCCUCCUCCAUAACCAUGGACUCGAUUAAUAUCCCUCCAUCUCUCAAAUUGGACUUUCUCAAAAGAAUCUAAUUAAGCUCACCUCUCCUACACAGAGACUUCCAGCGAAGAAAGAAAAAUCUUUAAAUAUAGUUUGUGGGGAAUUUGUCACAGAUUCUGUGUUUGAGAAAUGCAGAUGCUCUUCCUAACAUCAUCUGCUUAUCUUAAAUGAAUGAUUGUGAUCAAUUCAAAUUGUUAGGAUUUUUUUUCACCGAACUUGUAAAAUAAAACAAACCAACACUCUGAUCUUACCAGGCAGAUGUUGAAAGGGGCCAGCCACUCACAGAAGCAGUCAUUGAUUUUUUUUUUUGAUUUUUUUUUUUUUCAGUAAUUACCACGAGGUGUUGAGUUCUCAGUUACUGCGGAGCCACAGACCUUGCUGAGACGGGGAAAGGUGGGUUCCUGAGCCCAUGGGGUGCUCUACAGUGAUUCUGGUGGUGAUCAGUCUGCAAACUAGUCAGAAUGGCAAUGCUUCUGCCACAGCUCUGCAUGCCAAAGUGCAGCGAGGAUGUCUGGCAGCAGCAAAAGCCCUGCUCAUCCCAGCACUGUGAGCAUUUCGCCCUUUCCACUUCCACAGUGGUCUUGUCCAAGUAGGUCUUAACUUACCUGCUUUUGUGGUUGCAGUUCCUGAAGUCUCAGCAAUCCACGAUGAUUAAGAGCUUUCAAAAAAACCACCUCUCUGCAUCUGACUGCUUUUAGUCGGUGUAAAUUAUACCCAAACAACAAAUUUAUGACCAAAGAUACAAGUGAGAAAGAUGCACUUGAAACAACAGGCUGUUUUCCUCAAUUUUCAAUAGUAAAGGAACAAAACUGUGCAAACUUACUAUUUAACUGAAAAAUCAGCAUCUUGUCAUUGCAUAUAAAUAUGAUAAUCUAAUUAAAAUUAAUUGUAUGAAUGGUCACAAACCUUUUUCCUCUGAUUCCAUACAUUACAGUUAUAAAUUGAUUUUUCUGUUCCCUAAAGAAGUUCUAGCAAUGAAGCUAUUAAGUAAAACAGUGCAGAGGACAUAUUCCCCAUUGAGUAUACAAUUUAUUUCAAAAUGUAGAUGCCAGUGGUCAAAAAUUUUCAAAUUAAGUUGAAAUUGGGAAAAAAAAAAAAAUCAGAAUAUGUGCUACUACAGUGCAGUGUCUAGUUUGUUUGAUGGGGGGGGGGGGGGUUGUGAAGUUUCAUUACCUUAAUAAGCAGAAAGUACAGCUGCUCCUGAAGUUGAAUGAUAUAAAGGAGUGAAUACUGCAGAUUCAAUACUACUGCUUACGAAAUAUUUUUCCAUUUUGAACAAACCUGUAAACUAUACUUAGAAAAAUGCUUGUAAUAGUCACUGUAAUGUUCAGCUGUGGAUUAAAAAAAUUUGUGAGAUAAACA